UUUUUUUUUCCUUCUUUUCUCUUUCACUUUACUCAUUCUUCUUUACAUCCUUUGUUUCUCUUUUCAUUCAACUCCCUUUUUCUCAUUCAACAGGGAACACCAUUGCGUCCUAUUUUAGUAUCGUCACAAUAUUCUAUCACACUAUAUCGGCUGCAUCUCUUGAUGAAAUUGACACUCAACUGCACUCUUCCUCACUCUUCAACCACAUCACCAUCUUCCUCAAGUAGGAACUAGGCUUCAAAACUAUAAUAUAUACAUCCCUUUCAUUUCCCCAAUUUACUCUAAAGUCCUUAAUCUACAAUGAACACAUUCACUACAAAAAGCACCCCGCUAUUGGGCGGUUCCAAUGAUAAUGACUCGUCCGCAGGCUCAAGGCCACCCUCAUCCUUGUCGAAACAUGGUGAGCGGAUUGGUGCCAAGAGAGAACUGACUCAGCUCGAGAACUUUGCGAUCUCUGCUUUGGCACCCUCCAUAGCAGUCCUGUUCACCAAUCCAUUCGAUACUGUCAAGGUCCGCCUUCAACUCCAGGGCGAAUUUGUCAGGACAAGGGAACCUGGCAGGAACGGGAAAGAGAUUAUUCGAGUCUCAGAGAAGGUCUACAAAUCCUCAUUGGAUUGCCUUGUCAAGACAUUCAGACAUGAAGGCAUCCGUGGUCUGCAAAAGGGUCUUUUCCCUGCCAUCCUCAAAGAAUCCUCCAAGAACAUCUUCCGCCUUGGUCUUUAUGACCCUAUUUUGAACACGAUGCAUCCCCUCAGUUAUCCUGGUGAGGCCAGCACCGCCCCUGCAUGGAAACGUAUGAUUGCAGGAGCAACCUGUGGAGCUAUGGGUGCCAUUAGUGCCAAUCCUUUUGAACUGAUCAAAACUCGACUUCAAUCGCAUUCAUCCAGUGGACUGGCUGUUGGAAACCAGUAUGCCUACAAAGGCACGUUUUCGGCCCUUCGGACCAUCAUAGGCACAGAUGGUGUGAUGACACUUUAUCGUGGUUCUAUGAUCUCAAUUGCAAGAUCUAUGCUUGGCAGUGCAGCCAAUUUGACAACAUACUCAUUGAUCAAAGACCAUGCCAGGAAUAACUGGGAUGCACAAGAUGGUGUCAUACUUGACAUGAUGAGCUCGCUUGCCAGUGCAUUUGUCAGUGUUGUCGUCAUGAACCCCAUGGAUGUCGUCCGCAUCCGUCUUUAUAACAGAUCAUCGCAAUCAACAUCGCAGAGCACGCUACAGUCCUGCCGCCAUAUUUUGACCACUGAAGGUCCUUUAGCUUUCUACAAGGGAUUCUCAACGCAUUUCAUGCGUAUUGGCCCACACUUCACGCUCACCUUUGUCUUUCUAGGCAUGCUUAAGCGACAAUUGAUUGAAGGAUCCACUGUCUCUUCCAAGACACCAAUGAAAUCAUCCAACAUUCUCCACCCGAAGGAUGAGAGCCCUGCGGUCUCUUCGUCCUCACCGUCGUCCUCGACGCCAUCCCUCACCGCUGGUGUAAUCGCAAGACAAGAGCAAAUUUAGAGACUCUUUUUGAC